AUGUCCGAAGCCGGCUGCGAAGAACUGGAACACAAAUUAGAAACAUUCGUCGAAACAGUUCGUCAAAUCGGAAUCAUCGUCCACGAUUUUCAACCAAAUAGCCAAACAGUUUUGAACAGAAAACUCGAAGAAGUUGUCAAAGGCCUGAAAGACAUCGAUCAAGCAAAGAACAAGGUCAACAGAAACGUUCCAGUCGAAGUUCUUGACUACAUCGACAAGGGACAGAAUCCAUCUUUGUACACCAAAAAGUGCCUGGACCGAGCGCUUCAGAGCAACGAGCAUAUCAAGGGAAAACUCGAAGUUCUGGGCGAGUUCCGAACUGAAUUAGCGAAGCAAUUGAGCCACGUCUACCCGAAAACGCUUGAAAUGCUGAAAGGCGGCUUCAAAAUCCAAGGCAAGAAGGGGGCAAAAAUCCAGAAACUGCAAACCAAUGCUUUUGAAAAAGUUGAAUCAACGAAAAAUGACGCUGUCGCGAUAAAAGAUAUUGACGAAAAGGGUUUGAAAAUCAAAGAAAAGGAGGAGGAUUUGGUCAUUCCAUGCAUCAAGGUAAAUCGGUGGAAAGGAGGUGCAGGAAACAAGCGAAAAGCUGGGGUAGAUCUUGGAGCAGAAAAUGCGAACAAAAAACAAUUCAAAGAUGAAGUUAUGGAUGAAGCUGCGAAAGCAGUUCUACAGGAUGCAAAUCGAUUCCUAGAAGUUCAAGAAGAAAACAAGGGAGAUAAUUUGAAUAUUCCAUUGAUGGCGAUUAACAGAGUGCCAGAAGGUCAGGAAGCAGAGACUGGAACAUUGAGGGUUGAUGCUAGAGCGGAUGUUUCAAAUUUAGACGAUUAUGAUGCAGUUCCUAUUGAAAAGUUUGGUCUUGGGAUGCUCCGAGGAAUGGGCUGGAAAGAACAAGUAGGAAUCGGCAAAAACAAGCAAAAAAUUGAAGAAAUUCGACCAACAGUCAGACCAAAGGGACUUGGUCUUGGAGCAAUUCCUGCUGCCAUGAAAAAGGCGCAAAUAAGGGAAGACAAUAAGAGUCAAAAUAAUCUUGAGAUGAGAAAAGGAGCAUUUGUUGAGAUCAUCGAUGGGCCUUACAAAGGAAGAUAUGGAAAAGUCACUUCUUUAGGGACGGAUGGAGAUCUUGGCCGUGUCACCGUCCAAUGGGCCCUUGGAAAGCAUGGAGAGCCUUCUGAGGUCCUCGAAGGUUUCACAAAAGUCGUUUCGAAGAAAGAAUACGACGACUGUGGGAAAGAUAUCUCCCUCGCCAACAAGGACAAAAUCGAAAAGAAGAGAAAAGCUGACGAAAGAGCGCGAAAAGUCGAAAAGCUCAAGGAAAAAGCUGUCAAACCAGAAGGAGUUAAAUGGUGCCAUCAUGGAUUAAUUGUCAAGUUUGUCGGCAACAAAGACUCAAAGCAUUACAAGAAAAAGUACGAAGUUCGAAAAAGUGUGGCUAGAGAUGAAAUUCAUGCUAGAAGUCUGCUAACUGACAGGAUUUCUGAAUUUGAUGAACGAGACUUUGAAACUGUGAUCCCAAAGAAAACCGGUUCCGUAAUGAUGGUGAUUGCUGGAUCAAUGAAGGGCGAGUUUGGCAAGAUCAUCGACCGAGACGACAAAAAAGAAACUGUUCAUCUCGAGCUUUUCAACCUGCGGCGCGACGUCGAGCGCUUCAAAUUUGACAAUGUUUGCGAGUUCAAUGCUCUUGCUGCCGAUUUCGAAGAUUAA